CCGGGUCCUUCCUGGCUCGGCGGCGCUGGGGGCCUGAGGGGAGAAAAUAGCGGCGGCCGAGGGCGCUGGGGGCGGCGGCCGCGGGGCGGAAGGUGCGCGGGACGGCCACGGGGACUCGGCCCGCCCCGGGGGCCAGACUCUGCGCCUGAGGAGAGAUGAACACGGCCGACAAGGCCCGGGUGGGGCCUGCGGCCGACGGGCCCGCGCCGCCGGGAGAGGAGGAGGGCGAAGGGGGCGGGAAGGAGCCGGCGGCCGACGCAGCCCCGGGGCCCAGCACCGCAUUCCGCCUCAUGGUGACUCGGCGGGAGCCGGCCGUGAAGCUGCAGUACGCAGUGAGCGGCCUGGAGCCGCUGGCCUGGUCGGAAGACCACCGCGUGUCGGUGUCCACGGCCCGCAGCAUCGCUGUGUUGGAGCUCAUUUGCGACGUGCACAACCCGGGGCAGGACCUGGUGAUCCACCGCACCUCAGUUCCCGCUCCACUCAACAGCUGCCUCCUCAAAGUCGGCUCAAAAACAGAAGUUGCAGAGUGCAAGGAGAAAUUUGCCGCCUCUAAAGACCCUACUGUCAGCCAGACUUUCAUGUUGGACAGGAUGUUCAACCCCGAGGGGAAGGCGCUGCCCCCAAUGCGAGGGUUCAAGUACACUAGCUGGUCUCCCAUGGGCUGUGAUGCGAAUGGCAGGUGCCUCUUGGCUGCUCUGACCAUGGACAAUCGCCUGACUGUGCAGGUGAACCUCAACAGACUCCAGUGGGUCCAGCUGGUGGAUCUGACUGAGAUUUAUGGAGAGCGUCUUUAUGAGACUAGUUAUAGGCUCUCUAAAAGCGAGGCCCCCGGGGGGAACCUUGGGGAUUUUGCUGAGUUUCAGAGGAGACACAGCAUGCAGACCCCGGUCAGAAUGGAGUGGUCGGGUAUCUGCACCACCCAGCAGGUCAAGCACAACAACGAGUGCCGGGAUGUUGGCAGCGUGCUCCUGGCUGUCCUCUUUGAAAACGGAAAUAUUGCCGUGUGGCAGUUCCAGCUGCCUUUUGUGGGAAAGGAGUCCAUCUCUUCCUGCAACACGAUCGAGUCAGGAAUCAGCUCUCCUAGUGUCUUGUUCUGGUGGGAAUACGAGCACAACAAUCGGAAGAUGAGCGGCCUUAUUGUCGGGAGUGCUUUUGGACCCGUGAAGAUUCUCCCCGUCAACCUCAAGGCGGUCAAAGGCUACUUCACGCUGAGGCAGCCCGUUGUCUUGUGGAAAGAAAUGGACCAGUUGCCUGUGCACAGCAUCAAGUGUGUGCCCCUCUACCACCCCUACCAGAAGUGCAGCUGCAGCUUGGUGGUGGCUGCCAGGGGUUCCUAUGUGUUCUGGUGUCUUCUGCUGAUCUCCAAGGCAGGCCUGAAUGUUCACAAUUCCCAUGUCACAGGCCUUCACUCGCUGCCCAUUGUCUCCAUGACUGCAGACAAACAGAACGGAACGGUGUACACCUGUUCCAGUGACGGGAAGGUGAGGCAGCUGAUUCCCAUUUUCACAGACGUGGCACUGAAGUUCGAACACCAGCUGAUUAAGCUCUCUGAUGUGUUCGGCUCGGUGAGGACUCAUGGGAUCGCGGUGAGCCCCUGUGGUGCGUAUCUGGCCAUCAUUACCACCGAGGGCAUGGUCAAUGGCCUCCAUCCUGUGAAUAAAAACUACCAGGUCCAGUUUGUCACUCUCAAAACCUUUGAAGAGGCUGCUGCUCAGCUCCUGGAAUCUUCCGUUCAAAAUCUUUUUAAGCAGGUAGAUUUAAUAGAUCUGGUACGCUGGAAGAUUUUAAAAGAUAAACACAUUCCUCAGUUUUUACACGAAGCUUUGGAAAAGAAGAUUGAAAGCAGUGGGGUCACCUAUUUUUGGCGCUUCAAGCUUUUCCUGCUGAGGAUUUUGUACCAAUCAAUGCAAAAAACACCCUCCGAAGCCUUGUGGAAACCUGCUCACGAGGACUCAAAGAUUCUGCUGGUUGACUCACCUGGGACAGGCAAUGCCGAGGAUGAGCAGCAGGAAGAAGGCACUUCCUCCAAACAGGGGAGCAAGCAAGAGAGGAGCAAGGAGGGUGACACAGAGGAGCCAGCGGAUGACUCACUGCCCCCCUCAGGAGACUCGGGGACCCGGGAGCCGAUGGAGGAGAAGCUCCUGGAGAUCCAAGGGAAGAUCGAGGCUGUGGAGAUGCACCUGACGCGGGAGCACAUGAAGCGUGUGCUGGGCGAGGUGUACCUGCACACCUGGAUCACGGAGAACACCAGCAUCCCCACUCGGGGGCUCUGCAACUUCCUGAUGUCUGAUGAUGAGUACGACGACAGGACAGCGCGGGUGCUGAUCGGACACAUCUCCAAGAAGAUGAACAAGCAGACGUUCCCUGAGCACUGUAGCUUGUGUAAGGAGAUCUUGCCGUUCACAGAUCGCAAACAGGCUGUCUGCUCCAAUGGGCACAUUUGGCUCCGGUGCUUCCUAACCUACCAGUCCUGCCAGAGCCUGAUCUACAGAAGAUGUUUGCUGCACGACAGCAUCGCUCGGCACCCAGCCCCAGAAGAUCCGGACUGGAUUAAGAGGCUGCUGCAGAGCCCAUGUCCUUUCUGUGACUCUCCUGUCUUCUGAGUGUCGGCGGUGGAGGAAGGAAGGGCACGAGCUCAUGGAGGAGAAGGCUCGAAGCCGGAGGAGCAGGCACAGAGGGAGCCUGGUCCUGGCCUGAGAGACGCUUUUGUGACCGUGAGGAAGGCCUCCUGGGAGCUCAGCGUUCAAGGGCCCGUGCCAUCUCCAGGGCCAUAGGAUAUCUUUUUAAAUGACCGGAUGCAGAGUUAGAGUGGUUUCAAGACAACCCUUAGCCCAGUCCCUUGCCCAGUGAAGAACACUUAUUUUUCAGGUGUCUUGAUGCAAAUGGUUUCAACAAAAGCAGUGUCCUGUCAUUUCUAGGGACAUAACAGUCUCUCCUAAGGAGCUUGAGUAAGGAUCUCGCCGGGCUGAGUGAGACUUCCAUCCUUGCUCUGGUCCGGAGCCACACGGCGCACAGUGUCCCCAUACCAGCAGGUGCUCACAGUUACGAGCCGUGCGCACACUGGCGUCUCGCGCUCUGUAAAUAACUGUAGAUUCGUACCCCCAAUCUUGUUUUCAUGCCUAUAGAGAACGCUUCCCUAAAACUAUAUUUUUAAGAAGUCAAAGCCAAGACUAAACUCAGUUUUAACCUAGCAGAUGGUCAGGUGACUAUGAGAAGUUAAUAAUGUGACUGACUUUUCUCUCCUGUGCCAUCAGAUUUCCUGAUCAGCUCCUAAAUGUGUAUAAAGAGGUCCAGUGCUCCUGUUCUCUCGUCAUGGCCCUGCUUCAAAUUGACCUGUGGUAACCUAGAUAUUUUGUGUAAAAAAGAAAAUUUUCUUUUUAGUAUGAAAUUGAAACUUGAGUAUUUUUAAUGUCAACAUUUUCAGGCAUCACACUGGGUGUCUGGGGGAGUCUGCCUGGGACUUUGGAAAGGUAGAGCCUGGUGCUGCCAGCAUAUGCGGCUCGGCCGCCCGGAGCCUGGUGAUUGUCUCACAGGGAGCCUUGAUACUUGGAAUACAAGUCUUUCCCUGGGGGCUAUGAAGAGAGACAUCAGACUUCAGUUUUUGACUAGUCCUCUUAAAACCUAAAAUAAGACAUUCUGGAAUUAGUGUUCCAGGAUUUUAAGAGUAUGUGUCCAAGGGAUUGGUGCUAAUUAACAGAACUUUAAUAGACACCUUCAGAAAUGGUGUGUAUUUCUGGAAAGUUGAAUGGGAAAUACAAACAAAUGAAAUGUCGUACUUUUUAAAAAAUUUUUUGAGAUGAUCUGACUCUCUGAUUCAGGCUAGCCUGGAGCUCACAGCAAUCUUCCAGUCUCAGCCUCCUGAGUGCUGGGAUUACGGGUGUGUGCCACCAUGCCUGGCUCGUAUUCAUAUUUCAUGCUGUCUUUGCCUGUUCUGACAUGAUUUCCUGUUUCUUUAUUUCAUAUUUUUAGUGGCAGACAUUUAGUCCUCACUUAGAAACAUCUUGCUGUCUGGAGACCACUAUAAGAGAGACACACAGGCCACAGCCCGCUCCACUCCUCCCCCACUGCCUCCGGGUCCUUGAGAUGAGCCCCGGGAGCCACUCCAGACACUGCUCGGAAAUGGCUUGUUCCUGUUCAGAUUGUUGUGUUGUCUCCUGCCCAUAUUUGCUGGAGUAGUUGCUUGUUCACCUCAUUUCGGUGGUGAUUUCAAGAAAGUACUUAUCCAGACUUGAGGCAGCAUGGUAAAUUGACUUUCAAGACAUGGAAGCAGGCAGCGUUGAAAUCAUGAGUGAAACCCAUGAGCACAGCCGAAGUCACUGUGCCUGCAGCGUUUGCACUUUACAAUAAAUGACAGUAGAGACUGAAAUCAUGGCCAGGAACUGUUGCAUUUUUAAUAAUCAUGGCAUGCUUAAUGCCACUUCUUUAUUCCAAAUCAGAGUCUGUAGGAGUUUGUUAUUAAAACUUACAUGACGUUUUCAUUUAAAGCAGUUGUGCAGUUUUGAGAAAAUUCAGCUAUGAAAGAGUAACCAGAAAGGCUCUUCUCUGAGCUUAUGUUGUGUCUGGGAGUAAAAGCACAGCGGUUGUACCAGAGCAUGGAUCUCCACAGGGGCUUGGCCUAGAGGCGUCCUCAGCACUCUGAAAUCCAGCCUCAGCCUUGCCACCCCUCACCCUGAGGCUGACCCUGGAGCUGGGCUGCUGAGAGGAGGUUUCUGUUCCUGGCAGCCUCACAACCCAGUGUGCUUCUGGAUCCCCCUUAGUGUGGAUCAGCGUAGCCUUGGAGAGGUGCUGGUGACACCGGCAUUUUCUGAUUGCCUUCCAGUCGAACCCUAGCAUACCCUAGGCCUUCACAGGUUUGACCAGUCUGGUGGAUUUCAAGUUGAUUUCAGCUGUGGCUGUAAUAACUGUUUCAGGAGUGGGAGAAAUAGUAGAAGCGACAUAGCUGCCUUGCAUUUAGUGUGGGAACAGAGGUUCUAUAUGAUCGGGCCUUUCGGGCUAGGUUGUUACCUUUCCAAGUCUGAUUUCCAUAUGUGUCUCACAUUUUUUCUGCCCGGGGUUAAUUUGUUCCCAUUAUUCUAGAUAAGGAAUUGAUAGCUUGUUAUGCUUGAUAUUCAUGCUGAAAUCCUCCUGUGUCCACCACCCAGACUUCAAGCAGUCUCUGCCUACUGUUAUAUCUGCCAAAACUACCAAUUAUUUUUCAGUGUCAGGAGUUAUUAGGACCACUGGCAGAGCUCAGGGUUGAAUGUGACAUUUUUCUGCUUCUUCCUCUUAAGUAUUGAGAAUAUUUUAUGUUGCAGUAUAUAUGUUGAACCAAUUGGCAAGUUUUAACAGGCUUAAAGAAUGUUAGAAGGUGAUGGUUAAGUGUGAAGAUAUGUCUGGUUUUAAUUACCGUGGCAGCAAAUAAGAUGCAAAGGAGACCGCUGCUUCCUGGUGCUUGUUAGGAGAGGUGGUUCCUGAGCACCUGCGCUCCGGCAGCUGUGGAGCCGCUUGGAGUCACUCGCCUUGCUGCAGGUGGACGCACAUCCUGUCCUCGUUGAUGCCCACAGCGCCCUGCCGCAGGGUCUUCCCGCCUCCUCUGUGCCCCACUUGCUGUUCCCAUCCUUUCAGCCCCUCCACUGGAGGUGGCAUCUAGGGCUGAUGGUCCCUUUUGAAAGCAGAAUGGAUCAGGGCUGUUUGUCAGAUGCUGCCCAGGACACACCACCCUGAACCUGCACGCUGGCCUUCUCUAAAUGCUAGGAUGUGGAGUGGGUCCCUCUGCCUGGAAGCUGCUGUCAACCAACACCAUAGCCUCCUCAAGCUGAUGGUGUUGGUUGUUAGCAGGCUGGCAAGUUCUUUCUGGUUUCUUUAGAACUUUCAGUGAUGUGUUCCCAACUGCACGUAUAGUCACUCUGGGGGAGAUGGAUCCGGCUGAGGGGGGCGGGGGGCUGGAUUUUAGCUUGGUGGCACCCAUCGCGGUGUUCCCCCCCAAGUUGAGGUACAGUUCAAGCUCAGACGAAUCCUCAGCAUUGGCAUAGGCAACAGCCAGGCAGAGCCAUACGCCUCUAAGGAAGGUGUCGCAGGCUGUUGUGACUCUCGGAGACUCCUUGCCCUGGCUGGAGUCUGGCCAUCCAAGGAGACCAAGUCGGCCCAGAGCCCAUCCAGGCUGGCAGGUGUGAGAGAUGCCUCCAAAGUGCCCAGCUAAAGCCAGCUGUUUCCAUUUUAGUUAUUGGUGAAAGCCUGUGGGCACCCAUGGUCAGGUUGUCCAUGUCUGGGGCUCUCAUGAUGGUCAGUCAGGCUGAACCGCCCUUGUGAAGCCAGGAGAUUUCUGAGACCGACCCCUGCUCUGAGGUUUAUCUGUGGCGGGAAGGGAGUGCUGCGCUCAGUGAGUGUCACCUGUGUCUCAGUCCUGUAGCUUCUCCACCCCUGAAGCACUGUGACCCUGCUCCGAGGCACAGCUGGAAACCGUUAGAAGGUUGCAGCCUCCCGUCUGCUUACGGGUGUUAGGUGGUAAUGCUUCCUGAAAAUCAGUGUGCUGUGGAAACUGAUGCAUUUAUCAGAGAAAUGGUUCCGUGAGGAAACCUUGUAAAGCAGUAAGUCCUUGUGGUAUGUUAAUAUUUUUCCUUCAGCUCUUUAUCUGAUCAAGUAGUUUAGCUAUUAUUUGAUUUUUGUUUUCUGAGUCCUAUCUUGUAGCUAGAAGACCCAGUAUAAAAUGAGGGUCUGUCUGAGUUAUUUUUCUUGUUGCUGGGACAAAAUACCUGGUACCUAAGUUAGAAGAGGAAAGGUUGCUUUGAUUUAGAGUUUACGGAGAUUUCAGUCCAUAGCUGGCCGGCUCUGGGGUGGGGUGGCAGAAGGCAGCGAGCACGCAGCAAGCCACCACGCUACACUUCCUGUCCCUUACAGCCCCUCCCAGGGGUAGGGGCCCUAACUCCCACCCAGAACUGUGCCCAGCUAAGCAGUAGAAUAGUUCAGUAGCCACACACCUUCGCCCCAGCAUCACACACCAGGUCCAGCUGCCUCUCACAAAGCUGCUCCUGUGGCUGCACCGGCCUUUGGCAUAGACUCGAGCUGCGCCGGGGUUCUAGUCAGUCGUGUAGAACGGUUACAUCAUUCACCAGGUCUGUGACUCUGUGUCCUGGGCGUGAGAAAAAUUCAGGGAGCACGUGUGGUACAGGCCGCCCAGCUCAACACUGAAGUGGGCUGGUGACAUUCAACCCCAGAAUCUCAUUGGUGAACGCCUUGUCUUUAAAGUUCCUUACCCUGAAACCUGUUACUUUCAUAGAGGAAAGCCUGUGUGAUACUCAGAGCGGAGACACUGUGAAUUUGAUGAGCUUAUGUUUGCUGACAGAUGGUAAGGUUAAGUGUGUGCUCACUCGCUCGCUCACUGUCUCUCCCUCCCCCCCCCUCUGGUACUAAUGAAAAAUUAAAUGUAAAAUGUCCUAUGAAUUACGUCUUUUUCAAAGCUUUGGCUCAGAUUUGUAUGUACUUUGAUAUGUCAAAUGAAAGUGAAUAUCAAACUUGUUUAUACAGAAAUAAGACUAGAAAACUAAGUCUGUGUUGUGUAUAGUGAUAUAUAUUUUAUGUUUACCCAAUGCCUGUGCUAAACUUUGUGCUUGGCUUUGAAUUACAUGUAUGUUUACACCUGACAUUUUUCAAAAUAAAAAGAAAAACAACGCUA